AUGACGUUGUUGCUGCUGUUGUUGUUGGCGUUGUUGUUUUUGGCGUUGUUGUUGUUGAUGAUGAUGAUCAACAGCAACAACAUCGAUAAAAACAACACCAACAACAACAACAGUAACAACGUCAACAACAACAACAACAACAACAACAGCAACAAUGUCAACAACAACAGCAACAACGUCAACAACAACAGCAACAACGGUUAUGAAUCGUGUCAGUUGAAAAUUGGCGGGAAAAAUGGAAAAAUGACAUCGCCAGUCGGAUUUGUGACAUUCGCAACGCGAGGAGAUGCUGAGUUGGCUCUGAAGCAAAUACAGGCAAGUUCAGAUUAUCCCCUCAUCCCUUAA